ACCAUUUUCUCGGCUGUGUAGUUUUUCUUGACAACAAAAUGGAUGGUGACAACAAUCCACCGAAGUCGAAGGCAACGACUAAAAAACUGGCUAAUAUUACUGCAAAUGAUGGAGCUGUUGUACCCUACGAUAUGGAUGAUAUCCAGCCUUCCAUCUCGGACCAGCAGAAGGUUGGGUUCUUCCGUCAGGACCGGGCAUCCCAGACCCUGGAGUCUGAGAUCCUGGAACUCAAGCAGAUGACCUUCGUUCUUCAGACCUUGCUCAGGGAAUCAAAGGAGCUGAAACGAGAACUUGCAGUGGCUAAGCAGGUGAUGAGAGCAGACUAUGAGAACAAACUCCAAGAAAAAGCUCUUGACAUGUACUGCAGAAUCAACGAACAUGUGGAAGCCCUGGAAAAGGCCCAUCGAGAGCGCGUGGAGGUAGUAAGGAGAAGCUUCAGACAACAACUCACAAAUAGCAUCGCAAAGAUCGCCCAUGAUUGGAAGAAUCAUGCAAGUAAAAAGAUGAACGCUGAGCUGAAGAAACAGAAUAGUAACACCGCCGCCCUACAAGAUGAGCACAAGGCACUACAGAAUCAGGUAGCAUCUCAGGAAGGCAUCAUCGAGAUGCUCAAGAUGCAACUAGAACAACAGGCAAACGCCCCAAGGAGUGAGGCGUCGACACCCACUGCCGUUUAUGAGGUGGAGGCGCUCAAGGAUGAGAUGGUGGCCAUGAAGAGGAAAGUGGAUGGUUUAGAAUCAGCUCUAGACGGCAAAGAUGAACUCAUAGAAGAAUUGAACAGAGAUAUGGAGAGACUAAACAAAGAUGUGGAGAAAGAACGAAUACACAUAAAACAGCUUCUGAAGGAGUUGGAAGAAUCGAAAGCUACAGCAAUGCAAGAGAUCUCGUCCUUGAAGAGACAGGCUGAAAAGCAGAGACUGAACCAGGAAAAAGAUAUGCAGGAAAAAAUGAAGAAGUCAAGAGAUGAGAUGUUGAACCUCGCCAAGCAACACGCAGCAGACGCCCAAAAGGCGGAGGAAGCGAGGAUGAAACUUGAGGCGGAGAAAGAGAAGCAAGAGAGGGAACUCCAAAAGAAUGAACAAGCAACCUUUGCAAAGGCAGCAGAGUCAGGAGAAGAAAUAUCUAAAUUGAAUCGACUGGAGAAACAUCUGAGAGGAGAAAUUGCAAGAUUGAAGAAAGAGCUGGCUAAGAGCACUAAAUUAUGGGAGAAGAAGUUUAGUGUCUUGCAGAGAAGCAUGUAUGCCUUGAAGGAUGAGAGCUAUCUCCGACAAACGCUACAGAAGCAAGCUGCCACUCUCCACCAUGCAACAGUCACGUAUGCUAAUGAUGCCCCAGGCAGCCAAGUGUCAAGAAAUGCAGCCAUCCAACCCCAGGCGCCCCAGCCAACACCCAACACCAAGCACAGCAAGGGACCACAUCCUCCUCUGCCCGGUAUAGGUCAGAUUAAUCCUACCAGGGACAGAAAACUUGAUGUCAUGUCAGCAUACACCGUCUCCCCACCACCAGGGCGAGGCAUAGAGCUUUUCUCAGUGAAUGAGGGUCAGAUCGUAGAACCAGACGAUGAUUAUGAAGCCUUCACCGAUGGAAACUUCUUGCCCCUUCCUACCCCUCCCCCACCCAGGUGGAUAAACGACGACAGCAGACCUCCGUCCGCCAACCCUGGUAUUUUGAUGGCAUCCUGAUUCCUGCUAAUGUUGGGGAACUUCUGGAAUAUAAAGCUGUGUCUCUUUUGGUUCUUUUUGCCCUCCUCCCUUCCU